UCCUUAGCCCAGAAAAGGCCGGGGAAAUAAACGCCCGGAAGUCGCUCCACGUGUCCCGCUCUAGGCUCUCCGUCUCUAUGGCUUGGGCCCGGAAAGGGACGGCGGAGGGAAGCGCGGCGCAGAGCCGGAAGUGCCCAGGGGACCCGGCCGCCCGCAGCCUCCUCCGGCCCUCCCGGGAGCCCCGGAGGGAUGGAAGGCUCCAAGUCGCCCACCUGCACCACGCAGGUCAGCUUCGUGUGCCAGCGCUGCAGCCAGCCCCUGAAACUGGACACCUCUUUCAAGAUCCUGGACAAAGUCACCAUCCAAGAGCUGACAGCUCCUCUGCUUACUGCUGCUCCGGCAAAACCAGGGGAUGCACAAGAGGAAGAGACAACUUUGACAGAGGAAGCCUUUGUUGAAAACCGCCAGGAUGGUGUGUCCAGAAGAUUCAUUCCUCCUGCCAGCCAGCCAACUGGGGCCCCAAAUACAAAUCUGUUAUGUGAUGGGGAAGAUUUAGACAAACCUCAGCAGGCUUUGCUCAUAAGAUAUGGAAGGAUGAUGUCAACAGAAAGUGCCAACAGCUUCACCCUGAUUGGGGAGGCCUCUGAUGGAGGCACCAUGGAAAACCUCAGCAGGAGACUCAAGGUUACGGGUGACCUGUUCGAUAUCAUGUCUGGGCAGACUGAUGUGGACCACCCUCUAUGUGAAGAAUGCACCGACACUCUUCUGGACCAGCUGGACACGUACCAGAAGGAGUACAGCGAGUUCAAGCGGCAACAGCUGGAACUGGAUGAUGAGCUGAAAAGUGUUGAUAAUCAAAUGCGCUAUGCCCAAAUGCAGCUGGACAAGCUAAAGAAAACCAACGUAUUUAAUGCCACCUUUCAUAUCUGGCACAGCGGGCAGUUUGGCACCAUAAACAACUUCCGUCUGGGUCGCCUCCCCAGUGUCCCUGUGGAAUGGAACGAGAUCAACGCGGCCUGGGGGCAGACUGUGUUGCUUCUCCAUGCUCUCGCCAACAAAAUGGGCCUAACCUUCCAGAGGUACCGCCUCAUCCCAUACGGGAACCACUCUUAUUUGGAGUCCCUCACAGACAAAUCCAAGGAAUUGCCCCUUUACUGUUCAGGCGGCUUGCGGUUUUUCUGGGACAACAAAUUUGAUCAUGCCAUGGUAGCGUUCCUGGAUUGUGUGCAGCAGUUCAAAGAGGAGGUGGAAAAGGGUGAGACGCGCUUCUGUUUGCCUUACAGAAUGGAUGUCGAGAAGGGCAAGAUUGAAGACACAGGCGGGAGCGGGGGGUCGUACUCCAUUAAGACGCAGUUCAACUCCGAGGAGCAGUGGACGAAGGCGCUCAAGUUCAUGCUCACCAACCUGAAGUGGGGCCUGGCCUGGGUCUCCUCACAGUUCUACAAUAAAUGACUUGUGGGCAGAGGCAGGGAAUCUCUCUUGGAGCAGAUCUGCGGUUUGUUUCACGGCUGCCAAAGGCAGAAUGUGUCCAUUAACCACACUACACCACGACUAUACAACCAAAAAACACCGGUAAAGACAUUGUAAAACCUCACUGUCAAGCAGAAGGAAGCAAAAUGCCUGAAUGGUCUCCGCCAUGACAUUGCGUCUCAGCAGCAGGAAGGAGGCUGGGCUCAGCUGGGGCCAGAAAAGGAGACUUCGCCCUUUCUGAGAAGCCCUGGCAUGUAGCCGUGGCCGAAUUAGUGCUGGCAGUCUGGUCACUGCACAGAAAUACACGCGCAAACACAAAAAUAAAUAAAACCCAGUUUGUAACCUGGCGGACUGCAGCAUGUUUGUUCAGGGCAGACAGACUAAAGCGUUAAAUGUUUCCCCACGACUUGUAAGUUUCCUGCAUCCCUUCUGAGGUUUCACUCCUGGGAAGUCCUUCAGAACAAAGUACUGUAAGUACACACCAGC